AUGGCUUUCAGAAUGGGAAUCGGAAGGGGAAAUGCAUCUUCUGGGAUGGGUGUUGCUGAGCACAGUGUAAGCACAUUCAAGGAAUUACAGAGGAAGAAAGUGCACCGCUAUGUGAUUUUUAAAAUUGAUGAGAAAACGAAAGAGGUUGUGGUCGAAAAAACUGGUGGCCCUGCUGAGAGCUAUGAUGAUUUCACUGCAUCUUUGCCUGAAAAUGAUUGCAGAUACGCCGUUUUUGACUUUGAUUUUGUGACCUCUGAGAACUGCCAAAAGAGCAAAAUCUUUUUUAUUGCAUGGUCUCCUUCUGUGGCUCGAAUCCGCCCUAAGAUGCUUUAUGCAACCUCAAAAGACAGGUUCAGAAGGGAGCUGCAGGGGAUCCAUUACGAGAUUCAAGCAACAGACCCAACAGAGAUGGAACUCGAAAUCCUCCAAGAGCGUGCAAACUAA